UGUCGAGCAAACCUGGAAGUGGGUGGAUGUCAAUCCGUGGUAUAAGUCGUAAAUACUAGAAAAAAAAUCAAAAUUGGUUCUCGUUUGGAUUUGAAAAUAAGUAAAGUUGUACGAGUUCGAAAAAUUUUAAUAACCGAGUUGCUGAGUGUAGCGAACGUAUUGCGUGACUAGUGAACUAUCAGACGAGUAGAAACCUUACUAGUGCUCGCAGCUGAAAAAAGUGAGCAGUACUUUAUGAAAGCCUGACAAAAGUUUUAAACGAAUUUGUGCGAGUGAACAUUCGGAAGGAAAGUGACAGUUUUAACAGCAAACAUGACAGAGCUAAUGGAUUUAAGAAUGCAUCACCAUCUUGCUCUGCAGACGGAGAUCUAUCGGCAGCAAAUGUUGCAACGUUUACCAGACCCUUAUCCUACGAUGCUACCGGUCCCGGCACCAAGACCACUGAUGCUACCACCACGAUUCCCAUUGCCGACGGAGGUGGACACUAAGCUACAGAAUCGUGAACUUUGGAGUCAGUUUCACCGCAUCGGGACGGAAAUGAUCAUAACCAAGAGUGGACGCCGCAUGUUUCCCUCAAUGCGUCUAUCGAUCAAUGGCCUCGAAGCGGAAGAAAACUACUGUGUCCUCAUCGAGAUGGUUCCUAUCAGCGAUUGCCGGUUCAAGUUCAGUGGAUCCCAAUGGGUUCCGGCUGGUGGAGCAGAACCGCAAAGUCCCCAGCGUAUGUACCUGCACCCGGAUAGUCCCGCUCUUGGUUCUCACUGGACUUCCCAGCCGGUUGUAUUCAACAAAGUUAAACUAACCAACAACACACUGGACAGUAACGGACAUAUCGUUUUGACUAGCAUGCACAAAUACCAGCCACGAAUUCAUAUAAUCAAAACUUCGGAUCCCUCGCAAAUACCGUGGUCGCCACAGUCGGCCUUUACCUUCCCGGAGACCGAGUUCGUUGCCGUCACCGCUUAUCAGAAUGAUCGCAUCACCAAGCUUAAAAUCGACAACAACCCGUUCGCGAAGGGAUUCCGGGAAACUGGCCAGUCGCGAUGCAAACGAAAGGCCGGCAUUAUGAACGCCAGCUCUCGUUCGGUUGACGAUUCGGAAGAAUCGGGCGGAGAGUCCGGUCCAGAGCUAAAGCGCCAAAGAACAAGUAGUGGCUCUUUGGACGACAGUGACAUUUCAGUGAGCGAUUCGUCCAGUGGUACCAGCUCGCCGGUCAAUGUUGACGAUCUGCACCGGAACCCCCACGAGGAAAUGAUUCGGCCGCAUCCGUAUCACCAUAUGCUAAAUCCUGCAGGAAUGGCUGUUACGGCAGCAGCUGCCAGCUGGAUGGAUCUGAUGUUUCCAUACUUCCAACAACCCCAUCAUUCUCUGCCAUCCCCUCACAAUCACCACAGCCAACCACAGCAUCUGAAAGUGGACUUCAACUCUCUAUCUGUACUACCACCAUCGUCCGGCAAAUCUGCUGAAAAAUCCGCUGAAUGUUCCGGAAAAAAGCUUGGUUUCAGCAUAUCCGCCAUUCUUGGCUAUGAUCGGUAGAUUCGACCAACCAAACACUGGAAGGUUUCUCUGUCUCUCUCUUCCGCUUUCUAGCCCUGCAGCUAGAAGAGAAACCCCAGUUGUGUCAAACUGCAUCAUGUUGGAUGCGGCGGUGAUAAACCAAGCAGUGUAAGAAUAAAAAGCAUGGGUGUAAAUUAGUUCCUCACAUAUUCACACCUGGAUGCAACCGAGCAGCAGUGGGGACCGACGACGCCAUUUGAGACCGGACGUCGCGUCUCUAUGGAAUGGAGGAAUUUAAAUCUCUCUGGAGUUGUACGAUGCUGGUCGACUGUUGAUGGUUCAGUAAACAUUACCACCGCAGCUCGAAGCCAGGGGAAAGAAUAAUCUUGUUUGCAAGAUACAGCCAAGAAUCGGUGCCAUUGUGUGUAUGCGCAUGCACACGUUUGUGCCAGCGUCGUUCCGAUCUUCUGCAGCAGGUUCGGCCUCAUCUUCGAGUGAUGAAUGUGUGCAUUUUUCUGUCUCUCUUAGACUUAAAAAAACUCUGUUUUGUGUGCAAUUGUUGCGAAGGAAGGAAAAAGGUGUGUAGAGAUUAGAAAAUUGUUUGCAAAGUAGUGUGUCUCGGUUUAGGCAGCGGACAUGAGAAGGCAAUUGUUAAUUAUUUGUAGGGCAAUUGAAGAAGGCGAAAGUCAAAUGGGUACUUUAUUCAGGGUAGACGCAGUUGUAAGGAUUUACUUUGACUUCUGAAACUGUUAUUUCUAGAGAGCUUCCUAUUGUAGUUGUUUAAUGGUUCGUAUCUAGAGAUAUCUCAUUGAGCUUAGUAUUAGUAAUGUACGAACGAUUUAGUUAAGUUGGUUAUUUUACAAAUGCAAAGAGACUGUACGAAAAUAAACACAACCAUUGAAAUUUGAA